GUGGCCUUUGGGAGUGGGCGGUGGUGGUUCCCGCUCCGCCUCUUCCUCUCAUAACAGAGCCAGGAAUGGCAACACUUGUGGGAACUGCUGCCUCUGUGAAGGACGGACUGGACAUGUGUUGAGACAUCCAGCCAUUCUGGAAAAUGAUCAUGUUGCACUAAAAAGAUGGCAGCUAAACUGCUGAGAUUCCUGGCUACAUCUCCUCAUAAAAUUGGCCAACAGUUCAAUAAAUGUGGACACCUAGCAUCAAACAACAGUUUUUGUGGGAUGUCAAGCAAUUCACUAGCUGCAAAAAGAUUAUUCAGUCUGUGCAUUCCAGAAGUGGUGGCUUCUCAUUUAACCAAUAUUUGUGGGCAAGCUAAAACCUGGCAGAGACCACAGGCUGAUUAUACUACUGCAGCAAAGACUAUGAAUUAUUUGAUUACGGAUCUCUGUCCUCCAACUCGGGAAAAAUGUCAUGCUCUAAAAGCUUCAAUUUAUAAGCCCAAUCCAAAGUGUAUAAGAAAAUUUAUUGAGCUACCAGUGCGACAUUAUUCAGUUUUAUCAACUGGUACCGUCAUGCCAAGUCAAGGUAUUGUAUCAACCAAAAGGCCACUAAAGGCAUCGAGGACCAAGCAGCCAUCCAGAGCUAAUCUGCCACAACUGUCUGAAACUGAGGAUCUUCUGCAGUGCACAGCCUUUGCAACAGCAGAUGAAUAUCAUCUUGGUAACCUGUGCCAUGACCUGACAUCACUGGGAUAUGUUGAAAUCACAACAUUACCUAGAGAUGCAUCAAAUGUUCUGGUGAUUGGCACAGAAAACUCAAUGAAAGAGUGUUUUUUAGAGUGUGAUCCUGGGAUGAUCUUUUUUUUCAGGGAAGGGUCUGUUGUCUUCUGGAAUGUUGAAGAGAAAACGAUGAAGAAUAUAAUGCAAGUGCUGGAAAAGCAUGAAAUUCAGCCAUAUGAAGUUGCUCUGAUUUAUUGGGAGAAUGAAGAGAUUAACUACAGAAGAGGAGAAGGGCCAUCAAAGCUUCAUAGAGGAGAAAUCCUGAUAGAUUCAGAACUAGAUAUUGAUGAAGUCACUCUAGAGAAGUUUGCUUUUUCAAAUGCUCUUUGCCUUUCUGUAAAACUGGGAAUUUGGGAAGCAUCCUUGGAUAACUUUGUAGAAUCUAUUCAGUCAAUACCAGAGAUACUAAAAUCAAGAAAGAAGGUGAAACUCUCUCAUGCGGAUGUGAUGCAGAAAAUAGGGGAAUUGUUUGCCUUAAGGCACUGUAUAAAUCUGAGUUCAGACCUGCUGAUCACUCCAGAUUUCUAUUGGGAUAGAGAACACCUGGAAAAGCUUUAUGAUCAAACAUGUCAGUUUCUCAGUAUAAAUCGCAGAGUAAAGGUGGUGAAUGAAAAGCUUCAACACUGCACAGAGUUGACAGACUUAAUGCGGAAUCACUUGAGUGAAAAACAUGCCUUGCGCUUGGAAUGGAUGAUAGUGAUACUCAUAACCAUAGAGGUCCUGUUUGAACUUGGCAGAGUGUUUUUCUAAUAGCUGCAAUAAAUGGCAACUGUGAAGUGUUUGUCAAGAUUCUGGAGACCAUUCUAAUAAUGACUGAUCUUGAGCUACUUUCUUCUGAAUAAUGUAUGGACACUUGUUGCAUACAUAUUGAUGCAACUGGAUCAAAGUUAAAUCACUGUUAUUUGAAAGUUGAUCCUUACUUGGGAUGUUUUUUAAGUUCUUAGAAAAGAAGAUUUAUAAGCUUUACUAAUGAUGUAUCCAAACUGGCAGCUGUUUCAUCUGUUGCGCUAGACAAAAUUGUCUAGUUGAACAGCCUAGACAACCAGUCUUUGGUCUGAAAGAUCAUACCUUGUUUCAAAGGUAGUCCUCUUAUGCACAUGCGUCAAGUGAGAUCGUUCAUAAAGUGUACCACUGCAAAUGUGCACAUAGAUUGUCCACAGACAAGUGUGGCCACAGCUUGGGGCCAGAAACAGGAAACUGACCCAAACACAAAAACUAUUCUAAAGAAAAUGUAUAUGCAUGUGCAUGCGUGCACCUGUGGCUGAAACAAAACUGAACCUGAACUUUCUUGGCUGCAUUGAACCAAAACCUGUUCUGAACUGCUAAGCACACAUGCUGAUUACUAGUUAAAAACAAGUGGUUCAACAGACAAUAUAGGAAACUAUCUCUAUCUUCUCCAGCUAUACAGAGGCAUGCAAAAGAGAAGCCCCAGGAAACCUUAGGAUGAAGGAGAGAAUUCUGGGAAUGGUAGUUCUCAAGUUAUUACCUUGACUCCAUUAUAUAAACCUGCAGCUUUCAGAUUUGAAGGAAGCUCAUACUGUGAACGAGUGUCAUGCUACUAUAUAUUUAAAUGAUUAACCAGCUAUGGCUAAUUUUUUUCAGUGUCUGGCUAGUUCAGAUUGGCCUUGAGCUGCUUUUCCAAACAGCACAACACUCUUGAUUAAAGCAAGGCCUGCAAAUGUAUUGAUCACUAUUUAGAUCCUAUCAGUGAGCCCAGUUUUAAGAGCCUAAAAAUUACCUUGCCAAGUAAGAUCAAGGUCCCUCUACCCAACAUUGUCUUUCCAGUAGCAGUUAGCUCAGUACCUCUGGAAGCUUACAAGCAGGAUGUACAAGUGGUAACAUGUUGCUUAUAGUAUAUUCCUUUGGUGCAUACUAUCUCUGAACAUGGAGUUUCCAUUUAAUUCAUAACUAUUAUUUUCCUCCGUAUUGUAUACUUUUGUAUUAAAUAUGUCUUUCUGAAAUACUGUCCGUUCUGAACACACUGUCAAACAACAGAUAGUUGAGGAUAUUCAGUUAUCUCCCAGUCAUUAAUAGUUUUUCAGCUUUUUCAUGUUCUUUAGUCAUCUUGCACACACACACACCCAAUAAGAAACUGCUGUAGGCCUUCUAUCAUUUCAGUUUUUUCAACACUGGAAUGGAAUAAUCAAAACUGCUGAAUUCUUCUAGAUAUGGCUACAUCACAGAUGUGUGUUAAUGGCAGUAUACUUGCAAUUGUUUACUCCCAGGAAAUUAAAAACCCUUGAAAUUAGCUCAGAUUGAACUUUCUACUCCUACUGUGUAGUUUACUAUAAAGAAUAUUUGGGACUGAAUUAAGAUUUGAAGAACACAUGAUGCUUAGUAACAACUAUUCCUCUGGCAAGUUCUCCCUACUGUGAUGUUUAGGUACACUUACCAUGUGAAAUUUCAUCAGUGUGUCCUUUUCAAGAGCAGCCACUGAAGUGGAGGAUGGUCAA